UAACGACGCGGCAGCGCGUAGCUUUUCGCCGGGCGGGAUUUCCGCAAUAUCAAGUAUGGCGAAGACGUACGAUUAUUUGUUUAAGUUACUGCUAAUCGGAGACUCCGGUGUCGGGAAGACCUGCGUGCUGUUCAGGUUUUCAGAGGAUGCUUUUAACUCGACAUUCAUCUCCACCAUAGGCAUUGACUUUAAGAUUAGAACGAUAGAGCUAGACAACAAGAAGAUAAAGUUGCAGAUAUGGGACACAGCAGGGCAGGAGCGAUUUCGAACAAUCACAACAGCGUACUACAGAGGCGCGAUGGGUAUCAUGCUAGUCUAUGACAUCACCAACGAGAAGUCCUUCGAAAACAUAAAGAACUGGAUACGGAAUAUAGAGGAGCAUGCAUCGGCUGAUGUUGAAAAGAUGGUUCUCGGUAACAAAUGUGACAUCAAUGACAAACGGCAGGUGUCCAAAGACCGGGGAGAGAAGCUGGCGCUGGAGUACGGUAUUAAGUUCAUGGAGACUAGUGCAAAGGCCAACAUCAACGUGGAAAACUCGUUUUUGACACUUGCCAGAGACAUCAAAUCAAAGAUGGACACAAAAUUGGAGGGCAGCAGUCCUCAGGGGAGCAGCCACAAGGUGAAGAUCUCUCAGCCCCAGAAGAAGAGCAGCUUCUUCCGCUGUGCCCUACUGUGAGGACCAGACCAUGGGUGUAUACCAAAUGGCCCACUAUUCCAUAUAUAGUGUGCUAUGUUUGACCAGGGCCCAUAGAACUCUAGUCAAAAGUAGUGCACUAUGUAGGGAAUAGGGUGCCAUUUGGGAUGCAUACCAAAGGCCUUACCUACCCUCCGCCUGCCCUGGCUGGGAUAUGCUGGGGUGCUGGCUGGACACAACUGGACUGUGCUUGCUCCCAGCACCCCCCCUCUCCUUCUACCCUAUUCCCUUCAGCCAGUCCCAAUUCACUCCCCGCCUCUUCCCCUCGGCCCUAACCCUUAGAUGUCUGUGUAUCUGAAGUGUUUGAAUAGAUACAUGCAGUUGUUUACACCUUGCGUAUACAGUGAGCUCCAGAAGUAUUGGGACAGUGACACAUGUUUGGUUGUUUUGGCGCUGUACUCCAGCACUUUGGAUAUUUGUGCAUCUGUCAUUUCUUUUCCACUCGUCAUUAUUCACGAUGAUCCGUAACCAUGGUAACAUCCACAUUUUAAUGUAGAUGUGUACAAGAAACAUUCUAUUAUUGUUUACAAUAUAAAGUGACUGAAAAAUAGCACAAUAACAAACGGCAAAUGCAUCCAACAAAUUUGUAGAAUCACAAGCUUGACGUAGUCAUUGUGUGCUAUGAAUAUGUGACGAAAUACUUCACUUUUAAUUCCGUUAAUACCUAUAUAAGUGAAUUUGUCCCAAUACUUUAGUUCCUCUAACAUGGGGUGGGACUAGGUACAAAAAGUGCUGUAAUUUCUAAACGGUUCACCCGACAUUGAAAAUACCCUCAAAUUAAAGCUGACAGUCUGCACUGGAGUACCGAACCUAAACAACCAAAAAUGUGUCACUGUCCCAAUACUUUUGGAGCUCGCUGUUCGUGAACAUCGAAGACUUGGGGCCAAUGGUAAUUGGUAAGGAGAUAAUUAGGACAAGUUGCCUCUCUUGCUCUCUCUCUCUCUCCCUCACUGUCCACCUCUCCCAACGUCAUGCCCUGGGGUAGCUGGAGUACGGUAACCGCGACUCCAUCCACAAUGGCCCCGUGACACCUGGUAAUGCUGCUGUCCUUCCUACGGCACACCAACCUGUUUUCUAUCACCACGGGUCGGACUGACAGACCAACCGGUGGAAACACCACUUGUUUUUUUUUUAAAGAAGGUUCAAAUGACAUGUCACACAGAAAAGAUGGGCUCUUCUUCCUGUUUCACACUAGUCUCUAUGUACAUACAUUUUUCACACGCAGCCACCUGGCUCCACACCUGCCAAAGUUGGAGCCCCGUUUACUUUUCAGUUCGAAUCGCUUGAAUGACCCAAAGGUUUGGGAUUGGGAACGUGAUGCGUGGAUGUUUAGAUACUAUUUGUAGGCCUCUCUUCCCCAUUCGCCACAUUGUUAACAUGAGCCAGAGACUGAUAAGCUUACUGUUUUGAUGAAACAAGAGUUUUUAAAGGAAUAUAAUAUGACUUGAAGAUUCACAAUCCUUCAGGAAAGAGUGAUCGCUAAAUAAUUUAAUUACACAGACUAAAAGAAAAUUCAAUUUGAACGAUAAUUCCGUUUUGUUUACAUUCCAAGAUAAUUUGAUGCUAUUCUAUACAUGAAAGGCUUGCAACAGGCCUCUCUUCCUGAACAAAGUUAUUGUACUGAAUCCAAGUGUUUGACUUGUUUACUGCCAGUCCCAGAUGUUGUCUUGAGAACAAACACACAGCCUCUUAACCAUAGUGCUGCAGCACCACCUGAAAAAUUUGAAUUUAAAAAUACAUUUAGACUUUUUUUUUAUAUACAUACAGUACCAGUAAAAAAUUUAGACACCUUUCUUUCUACAUUGUAGAAUAAUAGU